UCUAACGCGUCGUAGUCAAUCAGCUUGUGGUCCUAAAGUACUGAAAUCCCCAUAUAUAGGGCGAAUGCUGCGUUUUUCUUCCUGGGCAACGCUCAUCCGAAUGCGCAUCUGAAUGUGAGGCUAGCUUUUGGUCUCCGUUACCUAGUAACCGGGGGAGACGCUUUUGGUUUGCGACUUCUGACCACCGGCGUUCGGGCAAGACGGCGAUCAAACUACACAAGUAUAUUUGCAGACCGUCUGAAGCUGCCGAAACGCCAAUUUCUUCUAAAUUAAGGAAGGAACAAGGUUUGCAAGAUGACUGCGACGCAAGGUCCGUUGUUGGUUGACUCCGGUGGCGGGGACGAUACAAUGGAUACAACUGACCAGGCAACAACGCUAAGGAGGGUCUACCAACUAGCAUCACCAAAAACGUCCAAGUCUGUGUGGCUGACUAACUAUGAACCAAAGUUGGUUUGGGGUAACCAAGACCACCUGUGGCCACUGUCUCCAACAGCACUAAGGGCAUCGGCAUCUCCACGUCUGGAACGUCUGGCACUUUCCAAGAGAAACUUCCAAACAGGCAGGAAAAUCUGCAGGCCUGAGUUUACAUACAGCUGUGGCCGUUCCUCUCUUGUCUGGGAGGUCAGUCCAUUGGCAAUGACUGCAGAGUCUACCGAGCGUGUCAAAGUGCUCGCCCUUCCAAAAAUGCCGCCACCAGAAUAUCAGGAUGACAGGCCUGAAAAUGCAUUCUCUGAUGGGAUAUGGAGUGUAACAGAGGGGGCAAAGAGAUGCCCCAGUAGAGAAAGAACCGAAUUCCUGGCACGUCCCAAAACUCCACACCAGUACUACACAGGCAACAGACAGGUGGAGACAACUGUGCCAGGGCCAGCACAGCGAACAGUGGCAACUCCACGGGUUGAGGACCUUGCUCGCCCUAAAAGCCGACCAGCUGGCCCAUUUCUGGAACCAGGCCACCCAGAACAGUCUAUUUGGAAGGUAAAUGGAAAGGCACGGACUGCAUCAGCGACACAGAGGCUCUUAGAACUGGCGAAGCCGAAAGGUCUGGCUGACGGAUUUGUGGCCAACCGGGAGGUCAUGUGGCCAGUCUCACGAUCAGCGCGCCGCACCCAACACACGGAACGCCUCGCCCAACUGUCUGUCCCCAUCGUCAGAGCCACUAUGGACCACGUGCAAUUUGACCCUGAUGCUUUUCUGGUGAAGGAGACAGCCAAAAAAGGCCGGUGCUCACAGAGGGUAGAGGAGCUAGCACAGCCCCUUGUACGAUAGACAUUUUGUGAAAGAUUAUGCUUGAAAGAUAAGUCUGCUAAAGCGAUAUCUUCCAGCUGCCUCAAUGCUGCUAUAUUUCUGUGUAUUGAUCCUCAUGUAGCUGUUGAAACUGACUUCAAUGGUGACUUUGAUUGCAGAAUGGCUGCUUUAGUACCAAAUUCUGUGUGAAUGUGAAAACUUUUCUAUGACACACUUUUCAUAAUAAUCAUGUGAUUUUAACUUUGUCAGAAUUUCAUGGGAUACAUUUACAAGCGAACAACAAUAUUGUAUAUAAGGGUAAGUUUUGUUAGCGCAAUACCGUGUCAAGGCAAUAGAGUAUUGAGAUUAUUCUGCACCCAACAUACAAGUCUGAUGUGUAACUCUAAACUCACAGUAUGUAUUGAAAAAUGGAAACUUGACGGUACAUAGACAUCUUUCCUUGCUCAAAUGAAAGUAGAAAUGGGAAUGGAUUUUCGAAUUAGUACAAAGUAACAUGUUUGGGAUUUGAGAAUUGUUAGUGGUCUGGUGGAUGGACAGCAGUUAAAAGAAAAUAAUUGAGUGUAGAAAAUGUGACAUAUGUGUUGAAAUGAAUUAUGAAAAAUACAUUUUGUACCAGUUCUUGUGUCAGACAAUCAUUCAAUGUUGUAUUAACUUCAGUAUGAUAAUUUCAAAAUAAGAAAUACCCAGGACACAGGAAAAAUGUCAUGUUUUUGAUGUUUGUUGAAGCAGAAGAUGCUUCUUGAAAUAAAUUUUUGAACUUAA